AUGUCGACCCCAUCUGUUCUUGACUAUGCACGUUUUCACGGUCUAGCAAUUGACAAUGCUACGCAGGACGUCCUUGCAUGCUUAAGUGGCCUUGUAGGUGAUUGCAAACGUGACGGACUUGUUGGCUUUUUGCCAGACCCAGAUUUUUCGGCAUUCAGACACGAUGUGAAGGAGCCGAAAUUGCAGCUGAGUCGGGAAGCCAGCCAAAUUCUUGUUGACAGCAUCCGAGAUCCAUGCCAGGGAAUACCGUGGGACGACUUACUGCCGAAGCGUCAUAGCAUGAUCAAUCUCAAACUUGAAGAACCUCUGCUGGCGACUGACCAUGAGAUUGAUGUUUGGAAUUUCCAACGGAGCGCAGUAAGGUGUCUAGAUUUGGAGACACUCAUGGACUAUUGUCCGCCAAAAGAGAGCAACCCCGGAGAGGAGUUUGAAGAUGAAUGGAAUGACAUUAUUUCUGGUCGCAGCUUGAAGGAGCUCAAAAUCCAGUUGAGUCGGGAGAAGGUACAUGCAACGAGAGACACCCUAAUUUACACAUCACAGAUCUUGAAAGACAGCAUGUCUGGGGAGAAAGAUGAGGCUUUGACAGCUGGCCUAGGGUUGGACAAGGAGCCACAGCAAAGCACGUUGAGUCCAAUUAUGACUCCGGAGAGCUCACCGAGAUCCAGCCCACCACCCUCACCUGAAUCUGGAAUUGGACUUGCGAAGCAAGAUCGCAUGGAUUUGGACGACUUGCUCUUCCAUGUAGAGAGGCAGAUGCAAGAGAAGGACAAUGGUGAAACCGUUCCAGAAAUAGUCGAUGGCCUACGUAUUGAAGAAGAGAUACUAGCAGAAUCAGUUCAAAAGAUCAGUGAUGAAGGUGAGAAAGACCAAAUGAAAUCGAAAGCCAUCUCGACGACACAAACCGAGCACUUCCGACCAAAUGAUCAGGCCGAUGCUGCUAUAAUUGACAUCGAUGGUCAGGCCCGGGCGCCACUACUUACAGACGCUCUUCUCAAGACUUCCCACGAGGACUUCUCAGACGGUACGACCGAUGAGAUUCUAAUGGAAGAAUACGAUGAGUACUUCAGGGGGUUGGUGGAGGCUCCGACAGAGGAUACGAAACGCCUUGCGCAAAGGCCACGGAUCCUUAGGUUGGGAGAGCCUUUGAAAGUCCCUGUCCCGGCUAUGGACGCGCUCCUCGUUCAACUUACUUCUCAGACAGCGCAGGGCACAGUUCUUGGCAGCCUUUUUGGUAAUCUACCACCAUCUUGGCAGGUUGCAUCAAGCCUGGCUAAGGAAAGUGAACUCAGCUGGUUACCCUCGGGCUUCUCUUCCAUGAAGACUAUUCUUGAGGAGCGAAUCGUGGACACGGGUCCGGCUGCAGAAUAUAUCAGCCCUCCGAAAGGGAUCACUGAGAGCGCGCAAAUGCUUUGGAAGCAGCCUGGUCUGCGCCUCCUGGAUUCCGAUGAAGACGGUGAUGAGGAGAUGGAAGUGGACAAGGAUCUAGCGCAUGCCCUUUCAGCGACCCCAGAGCCCCAGAUCCCGGAAAAGAGAUUCAUGUCUGAUCCUGCACCAUCGAACUCACUGGUUAAGAAAGUCACGUUGGAACGCAGGGCAACGUUGACGUCGCCUGCGAAGAGGCCACCAACACCACGUCAACAUCGGCUGAGUGAGCUAAUCGCAUCGAAAAUCACUCUAUCCAACCCGAAAACCUCCUUAUCCGCAACCACGAAAAGACCCGUUACCUGUAACAGUCCCUUUUCAGCAUCCACUUCACUGAGCACAUUUUUGGACCUUCGUGGCAGCAAGUUCAAGAAAGUAGAAGGGCUUGCACCGCCUUGGAAGGAGGAGAUACCGGAUGAUCCCAUCCAGACCACACAGUCGGAACACUCAGACUGCAUCAAGUCGGAGCCAUCCAAGUCCAAGCAGGGCCACCGUGUUGAAGGUGUACGUCCUUCAGACAAGACGGUCCAGGUGCCAGCUACGCCACCCAGCAACACCUUCAGCUUGAACAAGACCCCUCUGCAGCCGCUCGAGAUCUUGAAGGGACCAAGAUCUAUAGUCAUUGAUUCAGAAAUUCUCCGCAAGGAUCCAUCUCUCAUCGCAUAUCUCGAGACCCAUGGAGGAGACUGGCUUACAAUGAUCUAUCGAGAUAUGCGAGCGCCCAGCCUAAAUGAGUCAAGUCUCGAAUUCGAAUCGGCUGAUAUAAUCCUCAAUGCUCGCGCCGCCCUGAUAUUCACCAACCUCCAAGCCUUGAACCAGAGGAGCUUACCGGGCCAGAGCGGCUCAAGAGGCCAGGGGUUAGUGCAGAGCAAGAUCACGAAGCUGGUAAAGGACUAUGACUAUGUGUCAGUCUUGGUCACAAUCCCAUGCCUUGGAGAUAGUCCCUCUGAGGCUACUCAAGCCAUCAUCGCGGGAUUCGCGGGAUUCUGCUCAAGCUCGAGUCGCGAAGGCAUGAGAGUUUGUCCCGUCUGGGUCUCACCAAGCACCACUUUACCGGGUGGGGAGAAAGAAGUUCACCGUCGGACUUGGGACUUGAUACGUCAACAUGCUUUCUCGACAUAUCACGAACCAAACCCAGACAGCUUAUCAUUGAUUCACGAGGAGACACUCUGGGAGCUAUUCCUGCGCAAGGCAGGGGUGAAUCCAAUGGCAGCUCAAGUCGUGCUGGGAAUGCUGAAGAGGUCUGAGCCCGCUAACAUGCAAGAUGAGCAAAGCUGGGGUUUGAGAAAGCUUGCACAACUGAAGCCUGAAGCAAGGAUGGAUAUGUUCGGGAAGAUGUUGGGCCCGAAGACAGUGGAGAAGCUCAAUCUGGCAUUUGACCAGGAUAGGCCCAUGCUGCGGUAUCACACAACAGUUAUCUGACUUGCGAGAUGGGAUGGAAAAGUCGAAGUCUCAAUGCAGUGCUGUAUAGCUGCAUAUAAAAAUG